AGAGAGCGUUGAAGCGUUCAAGAAGACAGUCGGAGAACCAUAGGAUUCAGUCGAUCGUAGGAAGUGCGGUGAUCAACUCGGGCUCGGCCGGCACGUGCGCGCCUUUGUAAAAAAAAAAAAAAACAUACGCGCCUACCGUGAUUAUCAUUAAUAUAUGCCGGCUAGCAAGAGUUCGGUCUCGCUGGCUGCCCCAUCAUGCCCGAAAGUAUGACGAGGAAAUCGAUCGGCCGCAAAAUCAUUGGGUGUGUCUUGAACAACCGGAAGAGAGAAAGAACAUCGGUGAAUUGACGAAUUUUCCGUGAAGAUGCCGUAAUUCGCGCAGAGUAUCGGGGACAGUUACCAGUGUAUACAUAACGGCACAGCAUGAUCAUGUUCUAUCACCAGCGAGCAAUGCGUCAGAUCUCAGAAAUUUCCUACGUGGGAGGUUUCAAAUUGAUAAGGAUGUCGACUAGUCGAGAGGGCGAGACUGCGGUGACCAUCCCACUGCAGUACAAUGAAGCUCAUUGGAAAGCUAUUUUUGAGAAGUAUGAUCUCGACGGAGAUGGAAAAAUAUCGCUACAAGAGCUAAGAGCAAUGAUACGCGGUCCAGAAUUUUCCAAGGACAUCCCUGCUGGGGUAGUUCGCACGAUAAUGCAUAAGGCAGAUCUGGAUGAAUCUGGUUAUUUGGAAUAUCCAGAAUUUAUAGCAAUGAUCCAUAGAAAGGACAUGCAGGGUAUAUUCGGUCACAUCGUGCAACGAUAUCUGCACUGUAUGAUACCUCAACGACCAACCCAAAGGCAAACUUCCGUGGGAUCGAGGUAUUAUCCCCAGCGACAAAUCAGUAUUGUAAUGCACGCACCACCUUCUCCUCCUCCUUCGAGCUUUGGUGAUUCUCCCCAGGCUGCUAUGAUUAGUAAAAGAUGCCGUUCUGCACGUUUUAACGGUCUACAGCAACAAUCAAGUACAAUAACGGAAUCUUCUCUGUACUCUAGCGACUAUCCAGAUGGGCUGUACGAAGAAGAGUACAGUUGUCGUCCGCCAGCUGUAGCAAUGAUAAUCAUAUCGAUAAUAGAAAUCAUUUUAUUCAUGUAUGAUGUGAUUAAGCACAAAUCUCUUUCUGUAGAAGGACCAGCGGCUCAGUUAUUUAUUUAUAAUCCGCACAAGAGGUUCGAAGCCUGGCGGUAUCUAACAUAUAUGUUUGUACAUGUCGGGGUCUUCCAUUUGAUCGUUAACCUACUGGUACAAAUUAUGUUGGGUAUUCCACUGGAGAUGGUUCACAAAUGGUGGAGAGUAUUGAUAAUAUACAUAGCCGGAGUGCUAGCCGGUUCCCUUGGUACGUCCGUUUCAGAUCCGACGGUUUACCUGGCCGGUGCCUCGGGUGGUGUAUACGCGUUAAUCACUGCUCAUGUAGCGACCAUUAUAAUGAACUGGUCGCAAAUGGAAUUUGCCGUGCUACAGCUGUUAGUGUUCCUCGUUAUCACGAGCGUCGACGUCGGUCAAGCCGUGUACAAUCGUUAUGUGCUCGACACCAACGACCAGAUCGGCUACGUGGCCCAUUUGGCUGGCGCUAUAGCAGGCCUUUUAGUAGGCAUAAAUAUCCUUCGAAAUCUCGAGAUACAAACUUGGGAGAAAGUUGUUUGGUGGGCCAGCAUGUUUACUUAUACGGGUCUCAUGACCGCAGCUAUUUUGUGGAAUGUAUUAUAUACCUCGUAUUACGAAUGAUGAUGUUCAAAUCGGUAUUUAUCUCAUUCGAGUUAUUUAAAGGCAUACACAUUGAUAGAGACAAAUGUAUUAUUACUGAAUGAGAACUUGCCUUAAAAUUGUAGGUAUAUGCAUAAAUUUACUAUAUAUUUUUAUAUGUUAGAUGAUAUAAAGGUCUACUCGUGUAUUAUUUUAUAUUAAUAGAGAUACUUAAUAUAAAAUGAGAUUCUUAGAAUCGAACAAAAUAGCUUAUAUUUUCGUAUAAACUUAAUCGCGAAAACAUAUAGGACUAAGAUUUACAAUAAGAAUAUAAGUAAUUUUAAACGCAGUAUUUUUUUCAAGCACUUUUUCGAGAGCAAAUAGUAAAACAACAGAUUCUGUGAUACUUUUGCUAUAUGUAUUAAGCAUAUGCAAUUAUUUGCAAGUUUAACAAAUUGAAUGAUGACAUCGAAAGUCUAUGCGCGGAAUAUUUCUAUUUUAGUUCUAUUGCCUCAUUGUUUGAAAAUGCUUAGGAAAAACUACCUCCAUCAGUAUACACAACAAUCUCGCGCACAUAAAACGCCAAUUAAUCUUUCAGUAACACUUAAUGCGUUACAAAUUCUAUCUUCAAUAAUAACAUCAUUAAUAAAUACAGAAUCUAAGAUCUAAAAAAACUGCAACGUGCUGAAUAGCUAAUAAAAUCUAAUAUACAUAUAUGUAAUGUUUUUUCAUCAAAUUUAGAGAUUCCUCAUGAUUAAAAUAAGACUAGGCAGAAGAAGAUUGCCUUCUCAGACGCUUAUUAAAUGAAAGAAUGUAUAUAAUUCAUAACUUGUGUGUGUUCCACAAUUCAAAGAUGUGAAUGUGACACAAAACUGUGUUCGACAAAAUAAGUAAUUUUCUGCUUCAUGAAAACAUUGCAAUAAUUAUAUUCAUAUACGGUACGACGUGUCACUUGUAUUAUUAUAGACGGACGUAGAGUGUUAUACUCACAGAUAUAAAAUAGUAUGUGAACAUUUUUGGAAAAUUUAUUUAUUUUAUCUUAAAUUUAUGAAUAAUAUACCUGAGCAUAUGAUUUAUUUCAUGUACCUGAUUUGCACGGAUACCUAUAUGUUGACACGUUCGCUACUACUUUCUCACCGUGGUAGCGAACGUGUUAAUAUGUUAAACGAUUAUUAUCUCGAAUACGUAAUGUGAAAAGAAAAAUAGGAAGAGUCAGCUUCGCAUCUUGUGUUCACAACAUACAAAUACUGAUAACAGAAUAUUGCUUUAACGUAAUUGUUUAAACAAAUGAUAUAUCUGUGAAUAACUUGGUCUGGAAGAUGUUAACUAUAAUGUUAAUCUUCAGUUGGAUGCAAUAGACAUUGCAGUGCCAACUAUCGACUAUAAUAGCUCCAAUUUAAACAGUAAUAUCUACAAAAAUAACACUUAAGAAAUGUUUUUAUAUUUCUCUUAAUAUUAUUUUUUAUAUUUUAUUUGAUCACAAUGCAACCGUCUAUAUAUUUCAUUAUAAAUGGAAAGAAUUGUUAUUAUUAAUUCGUAAAGUGAAAAGUAAGGCUGCUAUUAUAAGUCUAGAAUGCUUAAAAAUGAAGAGAUAUGAAUUGUAAUUAAAUAAUUUAUAAUACAAUAUUAUAAAUAUUAUUUACACAUAUGCAUACAUAUUUACAUAAUUUACAUUAAUAACUACUAUACAAGAUGAUUCUUAAUUAUAUAUCGAUACUUUAGGCGGUUAGUCUAGAAUCCAAAACAAAAAAAAAGACCGUCAUAAACAUAUAUUUUAACUAAUAAUAACCGAUAUUAAGAUAAUCGGAAGAUAGAAUAAUCCGAUAAAAUAUGAUUUAACUUACCUGAUUCUUUUAAUUGUACCCUCUUUUCUUAAGUGUCCUGGAUCUAUUACUUAUUAUUUAUAUUCGAUUACAAUAUCGAUGACAAAAUUCCCACAAACAGAUUGGUUCUGUAAAAUAAUCUUAAAUAAUGUCUAAAUAAUGUAAAAUGUUACAUCUACUUCUCAUCUAUUAAUGCAAUGCAUAUGUCUUCCUACGUAUAAGUGCCUUGGACGUACUUCUCAUUGUACAAUAUUUUAAUGUAUAGGAGUAAUGAGUGUGAACUUUUUUUGACCGCGAAGAGACGAGCGUGCCUCCUUUUUAUGCAAGAUAAAUAUAUAUUUAUGUAAUAUUUUAUAACUGAUGUCAACGAAACCUUUGUUAUUGUUCGACGGAGUGACGAGAAUGUCUGUAAUGUAUGUAUAUUUUGUAUACGCUUUGUAUAAAACAAAAUAAAGCGAUUGAAAAAGAAAUCAAUCCGAUAAUUAUCAUCUCAUAAGUGGGAUACACAUACGUUGCAUCCUGAUAUGGAGUAUCGCGACUCGCUUCAAUUGAAUUGUUCCAUAAAGAAUGUUCUCAACUAGGCCCCACGAUCGGCAGAAAAAAAAACAUAAAUUUCUUAUUUGAAUUUGUUUCUCGCUCAUCCCGUAUUUUGCAAGUAUUAAUUUUUUCUUUCGGUAGAACAGCAGUCUCGUUCGAAAGGAACGAUGCGGAGCGAAAUCAAAAGGCGAAAGCGAGGAGAUGCUCCUUAUUAUAACGGAGGUGAUUUUUAUUUCAACAAAAAUAACAAUUUA